AUGGCGCUCUAUACUCUGAGUAUUGGCAAUUUAUUUGCCACGAUCACAGUAUUAGGGAUCACCUACUUGGCGUCAAACAUGGUCUACAAUCUGUACUUCCAUCCGUUGAGCCAAUUUCCAGGUCCUUUCCUUAUGCGGAUCUCGAGACUGCCGUACAUCUACAGGUUCACGAGAGGGGCACUACCUUACUACAUGUUGGAAAUCCACGAGAAAUACGGCGAAGUCGUGAGGGUGGCGCCGAACGAACUCGCCUUCGCGAACCCGGCCGCCUGGAACGACAUCCAAGGCCAUCGUACCAAAGGACAGUUGGAAAUGGAGAAAUCGGCCGCGUUCUACAAACCCAUCAAGGGCGUUGAGACGGAUAUCAUCAACGCAGAUCGUGAAGAACAUGGAAUGAUACGUCGCACUCUGGCGCAUGGGUUCAGCGAGAAGGCACUCAGGGACCAGCAGCCGUUGAUCAAGAAGUACGUCAAUCUCCUCGUGCAGCGAUUGCGAGAGAAUUGUGCCGAUGGAACGAAGGCUUUGGACAUGACAGCGUGGUACAACUUUACCACUUUCGACGUCAUUGGAGACCUCGCCUUCGGUGAGCCAUUUGGGUGUCUGGAGGAAUCGCGGUAUCACUCCUGGGUUGCCACCAUCUUCCAGAUGGCCCACGUGGGAACAUUUGUGCAAUCUUUAUCGUUCUAUCCCGCGAUCAAGGCGGUUUUGGAUGCUUUUGUACCCUUCAUGGAAAAGAUGGACAAGCAGAGACAGGGUUUCCUGCGCUUGUCAAGGACAAAACUUCAGACGAGAAUGACCAAGUUCAAGGAGAGGCCCGAUCUGGUCGAGCCGCUGAUAAGGCGGAAAGACGAGUGGGGCCUGACAAUGGAGAAGCUCCAGGCGACCUGCAGCAUUCUGAUCAUAGCAGGUUCUGAGACGACGGCGACUCUGUUGUCUGGAGUUACGUAUUUCCUGAUGACGAACCCGGACGCAAUGAAGAGGGCCACCGACGAGGUCCGUUCGAGGUUCAAGACGGAGGACGAGAUCAACUUUGUCACAGUCAACGACCUCAACUUCAUGAAUAGUUGCCUAAGCGAGGCCUUCCGACUGUAUCCCCCCGUGGCGAUGGGAUUACCCCGAGUAGUGCCGGCCGGCGGAGCCAAGAUCUGUGGACACUACGUAGCGGAGGGAAACAUUGUCGCAGUGCAUCACUACGCGUUGUACCGGCGGGCGUCCGUCUUCAAGGACCCCCUCGAAUACCAUCCAGAGCGGUUUCUCGGCGACCCUAGGUUUGCCAACGACAGCCGCGAUGCCCUGCAGCCUUUCCACAUAGGCCCCAGGAACUGCAUCGGACGGAAACCAAGCCUGGCUUAUGUUGAGAUGCGGACGAUACUGGCUCGAAUGCUGUGGAAUUUUGACCUCAGGAUCGCGGAUGAAAGCCGUCACUUCCUCGACCAGAGGAACUUCAACCUGUGGGAGAAGGGAGCUCUAAAGACGUAUCUGACUCCUGUGGUCAGGUAG